AGAACCAUCUACUCAGAUGUCUUGUGAUUUUCUCAUUUCUAGAAUAGGGCUUGUAAUAAAACUCUUGAAUAACAGAAAAACCAACCAGGAAGCAUCUGCUCUAUUGAAAUCCGACUUGUUGCUGCCUAAAAAUGAAACCAAUAUGACUACAGGAAGUUCCAGAAAAAUGGAGAAACCUUCUAAUGAGAUAGCAAAGCAGGGAAUUCUGCAGUAUGGGAAUGGCUUCAAUUGGAGGUUGGCUAUUUGGGUGACAACAGCAAUGAUGCUUAUUAUUAUAACAAUUUGUUUAAUUGAGAUCAGUUGUCAUCAAACUGCCAAAGGAACCAAAGGAACCCCUCUUGUAAAACGGGCAUUUCUGGAUAGGCAGAAGGAAGAUACACCUGAAAAACAGACUUCACCAUCUUCUUUCAACAAGCCUCCUUGGCUUAAGGAAAUGUAUCUUGAUGAAGAAUGGAAAAAAUACACCAGUGCUCAAUCUCAUAUUGAAGAAUCCUCCAAAGAGGAAGUGAUAUUAAGUCCUGAAAGUGCAAGAUCACCAGAAAUACCUGAGUCUUUUCCUGUGGAAAUAACGGAGAUAAUACUACCACCCCCAUCAGCAGCAACUGAACCUCCAGCUCCGACUCCAGCUCCAGCUCCAACUCCAGCUCCAGCUCCUGUUCCCGCUCCAGCUCCAGCUCCAGAGCCUGUUAAAAAGGCCAGUUCGAAGAAACUGUCUGAAAAAGAAACAACCACUACUGUAACCUCACCAACGACUGAGUCUGAAAAAGAGACGCCCACUAGUGAAACCACUCCAAAGACUGAGGCUUCAGAAGAAGAAGGGACUGAAGGUACAUCAAAGAAAACAAAUUCAGAUGAAGGAGAGGAAGAUGAAGAAGACUAAUCCUAUUUACUCACAUACUUAUCGGUUCUCCACGCAUGGAAAUUAGGAAGUGACCCUAAUGGUUGAGAUCAUCUAUUUUCAUAACAAGGAUGGUAUUAU